UCAGUUCCUGUUACUAUGGCAAUGACAGCGGGGGCAGCAACCACCUUUCCUAUGAGCAACCAUACCAGGGAGAGAGUGACAGUGGCCAAGCUCACACUGGAGAACUUUUACAGCAACCUGAUUUUACAGCAUGAAGAGAGAGAAGUCAGGCAGAAGAAAUUAGAAGUGGCCAUGGAAGAAGAAGGAUUGGCGGACGAGGAGAAAAAGUUACGCCGAUCACAACAUGCUCGAAAAGAAACAGAGUUCUUGCGGCUCAAGAGGACCAGACUUGGCCUGGAUGACUUUGAGUCCCUGAAGGUUAUAGGGAGAGGAGCUUUCGGAGAGGUGCGGCUGGUCCAGAAGAAAGACACGGGGCACAUCUAUGCCAUGAAGAUCCUGAGGAAAGCGGACAUGCUUGAAAAAGAGCAGGUGGCUCAUAUCCGAGCAGAAAGAGACAUUUUGGUGGAAGCAGACGGUGCCUGGGUGGUGAAGAUGUUCUACAGUUUUCAGGACAAGCGGAAUCUCUAUCUGAUCAUGGAAUUUCUUCCUGGAGGGGACAUGAUGACGUUGCUGAUGAAGAAGGACACCUUGACAGAAGAAGAGACACAGUUCUACAUCUCAGAGACUGUCUUGGCCAUCGACGCAAUCCACCAGCUGGGCUUCAUCCACCGGGACAUCAAGCCGGACAACCUUUUACUGGAUGCCAAGGGACAUGUAAAAUUAUCUGAUUUUGGUUUGUGCACGGGGUUAAAGAAAGCGCACAGGACUGAGUUCUAUAGAAACCUCUCGCACAACCCGCCGCCAAGCGACUUCUCGUUUCAGAACAUGAACUCCAAGCGGAAAGCAGAGACGUGGAAGAAAAACAGGAGGCAGCUGGCAUACUCCACAGUCGGAACGCCAGACUACAUUGCUCCGGAAGUCUUCAUGCAGACCGGCUACAACAAGCUGUGUGACUGGUGGUCCUUGGGAGUGAUCAUGUAUGAAAUGCUAAUAGGCUUCCCACCUUUCUGCUCCGAGACACCUCAGGAGACAUACAGAAAAGUUAUGAGCUGGAAGGAGACGCUGGUGUUUCCUCCAGAAGUGCCGGUCUCUGAGAGAGCCAAGGACUUGAUUCUCAGAUUUUGUACUGACUCUGACAACAGAAUUGGGAAUGGUGGUGUGGAAGAGAUCAAAGGUCAACCCUUCUUUGAGGGUGUGGACUGGGGGCACAUAAGGGAAAGGCCGGCAGCCAUCCCUAUAGAAAUCAAGAGCAUUGAUGACACCUCAAACUUUGAUGACUUCCCUGAGUCUGACAUCUUACAGCCAGCGCCGAACACCACAGAGCCCGGCUACAAAUCCAAAGACUGGGUUUUCCUCAAUUACACCUAUAAAAGGUUUGAAGGGCUGACGCAGCGCGGCUCCAUCCCCACAUACAUGAAAGCUGGGAAGUUAUGAGUGGCGGUCACAGUCACCCACCGCCAAAACUCAGGUAGCGGCAUCUCCAGGCUGGACAUUCCCGAGGACGCUGGCGCUCCCCCGCCGGAGGGACUUCCACAGGGUCGGAUUCUGAGAAUACUACGGGGAAUGUUCGGCUUUCCUUCCUUUUUUUUUUUUUUUUUUUUUAAAUAUUUUAUUAUUUGCAUUAACUUUAUCAUACAAAGGUACUGGACGUCCCCUCCUAUCUGCACGGUCUGCGCGCAUGCUGAGGCCCAUCCUGCACACGUGCGGAGCUGCCAACCGCAACACUAAUCCAGCCAGAGCUGCAUAGCACCGACCGCGCCGUGGCAGCCCACGGUCCUCACCCUUGGGGUCCCUGCUUCGCUGCACAGCUCGUGGGUCUUGAAUCAGUAAAAAAAAAAAAAAAAAAAAAAAAAAAAAAAAAGCCAUGUGUAGCCGCUGUUAGAACCCUCGCCCUGUCGGUUUGGACACUGUAGGCUCUACGUGAAGACAGUCUCUGUGACAGUCCUGAGGAGCUGACUUCAGCGUUACGAAUUUCCCGUAAGAGAGGGGAGGUGGGCUUCUGCUUCUGCCAGGGUGAGGACAUGUCUCGCCUUCUUCACUCCAGCAUCUUCCAAGGCUGACUUCGCUGAGAAGUAGGGACGGCUGCUUUUUUAGACACACAGAGAGGUGUACCACUGUGUUUGAGCAAAUGUCACUUAUUUUUCUUGUGACACAAGGACUCCUUUUAUAGUAAGAGGACAGGCAUUAUUUUAACUGGGUGAUGGUGAGUUGCGUUUCAGAAAUGGCCAUGAAAGCUGCUUGUAGAGCCUAGUGUAUUUUUAUUAAACUAUUUUUUUUUAAAUGUCGAA